CGUUUCUCCACUGCUCCCGUUGCAGACUCCCGCCGGAGGUUGAAGCCCGGCCGGGGGCGGGCCUUCCGGGAGAGGGUCGCGCGGGAGAGGAAGGUCGCGACUAGGGACUCUUCCUCCUUGCUGCUCAAGAAAUGUCUUCACUUUCAGAAUAUGCCUUGCGCAUGACUCGUCUGAGUGCCCGGCUGUUUGGUGAGGUGGCUAGGCCUACUGAUUCCAAAUCCAUGAAAGUGGUGAAACUGUUCAGUGAGCAGCCUCUGGCCAAGAGGAAAGAGACUUAUGACUGGUACCCAAAUCACAACACUUAUUAUGCACUCAUGGGGACACUGCGUUUUCUUGGCCUCUAUAGAGAUGAGCACCAGGACUUCAGGGAUGAGCAGUUGCGCCUAAAGAAGCUUCGUGGCAAGGGGAAACCAAAGAAGGGAGAAGGGAAAAGAGCAACAAAAAAGAAGUAGUGUUGGUCCAGCAGGAGAACAAAGCUCUUUCUCAGCAACUGACAGCAGAAGAAGGUGUAUUUAUCUUUCCACAUAUUCGAGGAAUGUAAGCUUCUGAAACUGAAAAUGAUUUGGAGGAACACGAUCAUUUCUGUGUUCAAGUCCCAUCCAGUUGAAUAGUGACUGGUUCCCUGGACACAUUCUAAUUCUGCAAAGUUACUUUAGCCUUGGUUUUAUACCCUAAGGUUCUCCUCUUUCUCUAAAGAAAUGAAUUGCAUAGACUUGA